AUGCCAAUUUCUGUGUGCAGUGAGAGCUGUCAUCCUGGCACAAGGAAGGCUGUACAGAAAGGGAAGCCUGUUUGCUGUUUUGACUGCAUACCAUGUGCUGAAGGAGAGAUUAGUAACAUGACAGAGUACUGGUCAAAUCCACACAGGACUCAGUGCGUAAAGAAAGAAAUUGAAUAUCUGUCGUAUGAUGAAAUUAUGGGAAUUUUACUAUCAACAGUUUCUGCUAUUGGUACAUUAUUGACUAUAAUAAUCGCGGUAAUAUUUUUCAGAUAUAAAAAUACCCCAAUAGUCAAGGCCAACAACUCUGAGCUGAGCUUUCUGUUGCUCCUCUCAUUGGCUCUGUGUUUCCUUUGUUCACUUACCUUCAUUGGUCAACCUUCUGAUUGGUCCUGUAUGCUGCGCCACACAGUGUUUGGGAUCACCUUUGUCCUUUGCAUCUCCUGUGUUCUUGGAAAAACUUUAGUGGUAUUAAUGGCAUUCAGGGCUACACUUCCAGGCAGUAAUGUCAUGAAAUGGUUUGGGCCUCCACAACAGAGACUUAGUGUACUUGCUUUCACUCUAAUACAGGUGCUCAUUUGUUUGCUUUGGUUGACAAUGUCACCUCCUUUUCCCUUUAAAAAUUUAAAGCACUACAAGGAAAAGAUCAUUCUUGAAUGUGAUUUGGGUUCAAACAUAGGUUUCUGGGCCGUUUUGGGUUAUAUAGGAAUUUUGGCACUUUUAUGUUUUAUUUUGGCCUUCUUAGCAAGGAAAUUGCCUGAUAAUUUCAAUGAAGCCAAAUUCAUUACAUUCAGUAUGCUCAUAUUCUGUGCAGUUUGGAUCACUUUUAUUCCAGCAUAUGUCAGCUCUCCUGGAAAAUUUACUGUAGCUGUGGAGAUAUUUGCUAUUUUGGCCUCAAGCUUUGCUUUACUAUUUUGCAUAUUUCUUCCAAAAUGUUAUAUAAUUUUACUGAAACCAGAGAAGAAUUCUAAAAAGCAUAUGAUGGGGAAGAAUGCUUUAAAUUCAUAG